UGAAAGGAUACUUUCCUUCCUCAGCCUGAGUGCUAUUUAAAGGGGAAGUAGCCCCUUUUCUUCUCUCACCCCCUCUUUCUUUUUUUCCCUCCCCCUUGUCCAGCCUCUCCUAUGGCCUGGCCUGGGCGGUGGAGGGCGGUAGUCAUAGCGAGGACCAGGGGGUUAUGGCCGGUUCCGGAUCGACCCGGCUCCUUUACGAUUUGCCGCCCGCGGUCAUGUGCAGGUUCUACGAAAUCAUGGACGCGCUGGACCGGGCUGAGUGGGAGCGUUUCGCCUCCAGGAUUGUACGAAACCUGGUUGAGUUGCGACUAUAUGAGAAGAUGGAUGGGCGGACACACAACCUUAUGUGGACCUGGAUGAAUCGCAACGCCUACGUUGAUGAUUUAAUUCAGAUACUGGAUGACUUGCAGCUAUACCGGGCACGUGAUGUCAUUGUUUCAGGAAAUCUGUUAUUAUGUUCCCGGAAGCCCAGUGCACUUCCUUCUCAAAAGCCAUCUGUUUCUCCUAAGCCCCCACCUGCCCCAGACCUGGGUGGCAGUGGUAGCUGCAAGAUCAUUACAACAAUGUGGGAGCCUCACCAGAAACCUUCCCCACCUGAACCAGAUCACUCCAACCCUCUGCUGUCUUUGAGAGACUCCACUCCAAGCAACCGUUUCAGCAGCACAGCCCCCAGUAGCCUACCUUCGCCUCCUAUGCACAUUGAUGCACAGGGCCUUGAAUCUCUGCCCUCCACGUGUCCUUUCGAGUGGCGGUUGGAAGAGCUGUGCCAAGCGACAGAUGACUUUUCAGAACAUCUCAAGAUUGGUGAAGGAGGUUUUGGCUGUGUCUACCAGGCCCGAUUGCGCAACACUGUCUAUGCUGUGAAACGGCUCAAGGAGGAAGCAGAGUUGGAUUGGACUGUAAUAAAGAACAGUUUUGUCACAGAGGUGGAAAAACUUUCCCGGUUCCGCCAUCCUAAUAUCGUAGAGUUUGCUGGUUACUGUGCUGAACAGGGAUGCUUCUGCCUUGUCUAUGUCUUCCUGCCCAAGGGAUCCUUAGAAGAUCAUUUACAUGGCCAGGCUGGCACUUGCCUCUCCUGGACACAGCGGCUCCAUGUGGCUCUGGGCACUGCCAGAGCUAUUCAGUUUCUGCAUAGUGACUCACCUAGCCUUAUCCACGGAGAUGUCAAGAGCUCUAACAUCCUUUUGGAUGCAGCACUCAACCCACGGCUGGCUGAUUUUGGAUUGGCCCGAUUCAGCCGCCGGCCAAAGCAGGGAGGAAUGAGCAGCUCGCUGGGCCGGACCCAGACUGUGCGGGGUACAUUGGCAUAUCUUCCUCCUGAAUAUGUCCGGACUGGGAUGCUUUCUACUGCUAUUGAUAUAUUCAGCUUUGGUGUGGUUCUUCUAGAACUCUUGACUGGAAGACGACCCAUGGAAAUAGAUUCUCGUGGACACAGCAAGUACUUGAAGGAUCUGGUAAGUGAUGAAGAGGAGCAAGAAGCCCAUCUGUCAACUGCUACGACUACUUCCAGUCAUACCAGAGCAGUUCAGCUUGGCAGUCAUCUCUACCAGAAGCAUGUAGACCUACGGUCUGGCCCUUGUCCCAAGCAACUGGGCAAAACGCUAGGCAAGUUGGCUUGUUGCUGUCUCCACCAGCGAGCCAAGCACCGCCCUCCGAUGGCUGAAGUGUAUCAAGAGCUGGAGAGGCUACAGUUCUUCCUACAUGGGAAAUCUGCCUCUUUACUACUGCCGCCACAGCAACUGCACAUGCCAGAAGAAGACUACUACUCAUCCAAGCCUCUUAAUCAACCUGAGGAAAGUGAUGAAAGCCUAGAGGCCAACUCCAGGUUGUUGAGCUACAGAAGUGGGACCAGAGAGAGUGUGUCUGUAGAUCAGUUAGGUGACUCUGCCCCUCAGAUUGUCAUCAACCCAGCACGGAGGCGCAUGAUGGAACGGCUGGCACUCUAUCAUGAGGGCGCGCUUGACAGCCUGGGUGUGCUUGCCUCUACACCUUCAGGGGAAGACCGCAUUGCAGAACCACCUCGUGAACCUGAAGAGAGUGAUGAAUUUGAGUGACAAAAUCAGCAAACACAGGAUCAAAGUUCUCACAGCGCUGACAGCACUUUGCAAAUUACAGGGUCUUGCUAUCCUCCUUUGGAUAGCAUGCCUAUUCCUUAGUUGGUACCACUGAGCCUCUGUGGCACAUUUCUGGUAGAAUUUGGCUUCAGGCCAGCAACCUGCCAUAAAUGGAAGUUGCCACUGGAGUCUGUUUGAAUGGAGAUCAAGCCCAUACCUCAAAACUGGAGGGGUGGGAGUGGUGGUGAUGUGGGUUUUCACAGUUAUGAUCUGCCCCACACAAGCUCCUCACUACACGUUCCUUUUUAUUGAAUUUAUAAUAAAACAUUUUAUAUAUUU